ACAAAUAAUAGUAAGCUUGGCUCGCAAGAUACCAAAUUUCGUGACUGACUAUAUAAGGCCGGUAAAUUCAGGCCGGCCUGUGCUUCUUCUGCAUGCGCGCCUGGGUAGCAAGUGAAUGGGAGUAUUAUGGCAGCGCAAAAUAAGAUCAUUUGCUCCAUUUUUCUUGCUCUUUUAGGGCUAGGGUUCUACGACGUUUUUCGUAACUUCGAGGAGAAUGGGUGUACAAUGACGUACAUGUUUCAGUGGCCGUCGUACAUCGAUGCUAAAUUGGAUGAUGCAAUUCAACAACGGUUUCCUCAGUAUUCCUUGUCUCUCUAUGGGGAAGGUGAUUACCUGAAGCGCUCCAGAAAUCUAAAGCUGAAUGGUAUACCAGUACUUUUCAUUCCCGGAAAUGCUGGUAGUUUCAAACAAGUACGUUCUUUAGGAUCUGUAGCAUUAAGGAAAGCUGAGGCUUAUAGCUUCCACUUCAACUAUUUCACCAUUAAUUUCAAAGAGGAGUUGACAGGAAUUUAUGGGGGUGCUCUUCAGAAACAAACAGAAUAUGUCCAUGAAUGCAUCAAAUACAUACUGACACUGUAUAAACACAAGAAAAACACACCUACAAGCGUUGUCCUUGUGGGACACUCCAUGGGGGGUGUGAUAGCAAGAGCUCUAUUCAUGCUACCAGAGUUCCAGCCUAGUCUUGUACACACCGUCUUUACUCAGGCAACACCUCAUGUCAGCCCAGUUAUUGGUGCAGAUAAAUAUUUGGUGGAUUUCUAUGGAUCAGUCAACAAGUAUUGGAAGGAGCACAUUCAUAGUAGCCGAUUGAAGGAUGUGACAUUGUUAUCUGUUAGUGGUGGACAUCGUGAUACUAUGGUCCGAUCUGGCUUGACAUCACUCCUGGGUGUCGUCCCAUCAAGUAGAAGUCUUAGUGUUAAUGCCAUGUCUGUACCAAGAGUAUGGUUGUCAACUGAUCAUCAGUGUGUAGUAUGGUGCAAAGAGUUGGUGCUCGCUACAAAUAGAGCUUUGUUUCAGAUGGUGGACAGUAAAACAAAACAGAUAUCAACAGAUCCCGAAUAUCGUAUGAAGAUUCUCAGACACCACUUUGUAGCACACAAUGGAAAGGAGAAAUUUAGUACCAUUGAAACUAAGCCUGCAACAUUUGAAGGUGCUACAUUCGAGCUAGUGACUGACUCCCAAAAAUACUCUGUUGGCAAGCGAUCCAAGAAAACUAUACACUACCUUUUCCCAGUGGAACAGUCUGAUGUAUCCCAGAGUACAUUUGUAGCCCUAGCAGGCAUCACACCCAGGGAUUGGCUGUUUGUGUGUAAGGAGGGCAAUUCCACUUUGUGCUCCAAGGGGAUAGACAUUUCUGCCACAGCCCGGUUGAUUCCUCCACUGAAGUCUGAUAUGAAGGAGGCUAUAGUGAAGCUGGAUGAUUACCCAGAGGCAAAGAAUGUGAUAUUGAAGGUGCCAUCUGGCUCAAAGAAUUCAGAAGAUAAAGUCAAUCAGAUCUUGAUGAGGUCAUUAAAAAAAAUAAGUUUUAACUGGGCUAUUUGUUCCUUUUUGACUGCAGCAUCUGCUAGUAUAGUAAUGGAGUUUACUGACGUUGGAGCUACAUUCUAUAACAUCACCAUGCUUGACUUCAACUUAUUUCAUUUGGCCUAUGAAGCAAGAUUAGAGCCACUUAUUUGUGAUAAUGAUUUCCAUUCAGAUGCCAACACAACACUCCGUCUUCACAUUCCAUGGGCAGAAGGUCAGGACAUGUUUUCCGUUUCCAAGGCUGGUCAGACUAAUAAACUCUCCCUUAAGCUACCAUCUGGAUGGCCAUCCUAUUACAAUCAGUCAGCCCAGUUGUAUACAUACCUCAACCCUAAAUGUAGGUACACCAUCAGGGUGGUGUGGUCUCUACAGGAAAAAAUGGGACAGGUUGUCAGGUUUCAUGCAAACCUACUUCCCAAUUUUCUAGUGAUUGUACUGGUAUAUCUCAUCUCCUUUCAACUCAAGCACAUCUAUACAGAGAAGGCUAUAGAUGACUUCAUAUGGAUGCAGUCAACUUAUUGCAAGCCCACUGCUAUAGCCCUGCCUAUUUCAAUCUUUAGAGGCCUUGUCAAAUAUCCACCCUUGGAUCAAACCUUUCAACUUCGCUCUCUUGAAGACAGGAACAUUUCUUUUCCUAUUCUACCAAUGGCAUUCUUCCUCUUUGCCUAUGCUUUGCUGACCCAGCUGGCUAUAUUGACUAAUUUUAAGGUGGGAAUCUGUGCACGACUUGCUGUUAUACUUAAAGGAACCAAGCCUGAUGAGCACCUGUUAAAUCCAGCUGGUCCCACUCCAUGGUUGAUGUAUGGUAUUAUAGCUGGACUGAUAGCACUAUCAGCGACUACCUGUGGUUCUCUUGGUCUCAUAUUAGUUCUCAUUCUCUACUUCUUCAAGGUUGUCGGUUUGAAGGCCAAGGUGAUUCGACUCAGUCACUGUCUCAAUAUUCAUGGUGCUGUCCCUGAUACAAAUGCCAGUGCCACACCCACAACCAAAGGAGAAGUGGACAUGCCUACUGAUGCUAAGAAUAUCUCAGAGACAGAUGAAAAUCCAUCAGCUACUAACAGUGAUGAAGUCAAACCAUCCAAGCCUGAUGAUGCUGCCCCUAAACCUAGGGAUCUUAGACCGCUAGGACUGGCCAAAGACAUGUACAAUUUCCAUUUUGCUGUCAUGUUGCUUCUAUGGUGCUUGUGCAUGCUGAAUGUUCCAGCACUUGUCGUUUGGUUUAAGAAUUUAGGGCAUAGUCUUCAUCUUUCCCAGGAUCCUUCCCUUGUAAUAUCUGCUAUUGUUUGUAGCAGCAUGGCAACAUUGUUGGAUGGUAGAUACGCUAUGCCAACCAGCAAAGGACUUUGCAAGUUGUCUUCCUGGAUGUUUCACAUCUUCUUGUGGUUGAUGGUGCUCUACACACUAGAAUCUACCUACCUGUUGUCAUACUUCAUCGGUUCCAUCUUUGUUAUCCUGUCACUAUUACACAUAUUUCAGUGACUUCUGACAUAAGUUAAGAAAUUCAUGCUUGGUAUAUAUGUUUUAAUAGAUUUAAGCAUUUGGGUGUAGUGGAAUUUGGGAGUAAAUCUUGUGCAAAACAUCUUCAGUAGUUUUACUGUGAAUUGGCACUUCCAAGAUUACGUUUAAUUUGCAAUCAACUUUUCGCAAAAACCAAAGUUAUUGAUUAUUUAUGGAAACUUUAUGCAAUGAUUGUACUAAGGUUUAAUAACGAGAUCUUUGUAAUUCUGAAAUUCAGCCAUAUUUAAUGGAUAUGUCAACUACAAAUCUCUGCUUCAAAAUGAUGUGGCUUGGAUUCCUCUGUAUUGUGAUUGAUUUAUUCUUUUGAAUAUGCGCUAAGGAAAUAUUUUGUAAAUUAGAAAACGAUUUUUGGAUAACUUUAAAGAAGUUUAAGUAUUUUGUAAUUUUUAGUAUGCAGUAGUAGCUUUUAACAGUUUUACAACAUUUUUAGUGUUAUUGUUGCUAUGUACCGGCAGUCACUUUUAUGUGAAAAUUUUAACCUUUUACAUGCCACUGUAAUUCUCAGUUUCUGAUGAGAAAAAAGUAUGGAAUUGUCAUAUUUGAGGAGAAAUUGUAAAUUACUUCAUUCCAUUAAAAUGGACUGGUAUUUUCUUGGCUGGUACAAUCUUUACUAAUAGCAAUAAGCUAAUGGCUUACAGCUGGUACUAAUUAACCAAAACAAUACUACAUUUACAUGCCUGGGACUAUAUAAAAUUAAUCCACUACACAAACACUUGAAUCAUAAAACACAGGUGUUAGAUUUUGUGUGAAUUACAGUGAUUGCCAUGUAGCCAAGCAGACAUACUGAUGAGAGUACGUGUAAGUGAAAGACAAAUUCCAGCUUGGUGUGCUUGAUGAAUUGUUUACUGGAUUCUGUAUUCAUUAAAGACAAUGUUACGCUGCCUAGCAAUGAGGCUGAUGCAAUUUGCAUGCUUGGAAUGCCUAAAAGACUUGGUGUAUUCACUAAUACAGGAGUCAUGCAGCCUGGCAGUGACAGUUAAAGAGCAAAUCUCAUUGUCUAUAGUUUGCACGCUCUGGCUGCCCAUAAAUAAUGGACUUGGUGCUUUCAUUAAAAUAGGAGCUACAUGUAUGUAGCCCAGCAAUUAGUACAGAGCAAAUUUCACUGACUACAGCUUGUAUGCUUGGACAUCCUAAUGGAAUGAGUGUAUUCAUUACAGUGGAACACUGUUACAACAAGGUCCUUUGGACUUUACAAAUAAUCUAUUUAUAACAGUUACCUUAUAUUAUCAGUCAUGGAAAACAAAGAAACACAAAGAAACUA